AUGAAAGAAAUCAUUAACAGAAUAGAUUAUUAGAUAAAUAAUUAUUUAGAUAUUAGCUAAUAGCCUGUUAAUUUGGAUGAGCUCUAAUUAGAAUAAACUGCUUCUCAAAGAAGAGCUUCUCCUAUGUUACUGAAAGUCCCAAAAGAUAAUGACUUUGCUUAUUAAAGGUGCUCUCAAAAUAAAAGGUCUCAUUAAUUAAAACAAAAUUAAUCAGGAAGAAGUAAGGAGAAUAUAAAAUAUUAAAACAGUCCCAGCAUACUUAAAAAUAGAGAUCUCAACUAACAUUACUAAGAAUAGCAAUCGUUUGAUAACAGUAACAAUAAAAAAUAUGUUUCUAAUAGGUGUAAUUCAAGAUCACCUAAAAGCAAAGAUAUAUUCAAUCAUUCUAGUAAUCCCCUAUUCUCUGUUGUAAUAUCAAGCAAUAGUAAACCAAAUAACUAGUAUAAUUAAUUUUCUAAAUUAGGAUUAACGUUAGAGCACAUAUGCACAAGGGAAAGACAUUAAAGAUCUCCUAUUUUAUUUCUUUGCACAAAAUAGGAAUGUAAUUGCAGAUUAAAAAUUGGAUGUGCUUAUUGUAUGCUAGAUGAUCAUGCUGACCAUGCAGAAUUUAAAAUAUAGAUAGAAGACUUUUUAUAAAUAAUCUAAUACAAAUAUGAUAACUAUUAUCAAAGCAUAAGAAACUUUUAGUAGACCUUACUAUAAUAUGAAGAGCCUUAAAUACUAUAAACAAUAUCAUUCUAAAUUAAUUAAGUUAAGCAGAGCUUGUGUUAAAAAUUAGAUCAAAUUAAUUCAAAAAUUUAAGAAUAAUAUAAAUAGUUUUUUGUUUAGGAUAAUAUUAAAACUGCUCAUUUAGUUUAGGACCAAAAGUUUUUCUCUUCCUAAAUUGAAAAAGUUAUGUAAGCUAAUAUACUAAAUAUGAAUGAAGAACAAAGAGAUGUUUUCAUGAGGCUUUAUAAUGAUGCAGAAAUAGUAAAAAUAGAAAAAAGGAUAGAAGAAAUUGUGAAUAUAAAUGAAAACAUUAGCGAAUAAUUAGAAGCAUCGUUUUAAAAUUUUCAAAAAAACUUAAAAGAUAAGUUAAGUACUUUUUUGUAGAAGCUAGAUAACCUUUAAUUAUAUUUAAAUAUUAACUCUAGCGAAAACACUAUUCAUUAUCUAAGUGAGCAAAAAAAAUCACUACAAAAUAAGAUUCAGAAGGCAAAGAAAAUGUAAGACUAAAUAAAGUAAAUAAAUAGAGAAAUUUAGAUACUUAAAAUAGAAAAAAUAUCUAAUCCUUUCCCGUAUAAAUUAUAUGGAGGUUUAUGUGAUCAUGUUAAUAUUUAGUGCAACACUAUUUAAAUAUAUGAAUGUUGCAAUCAAGCAUUUCCUUGUCCUGAUUGUCACAAAAAUACUUGCAAAGAUCAUAAAAUUUUCUUUACAUCCCCAAGUCGGAGAUACUGUAUUGACUGUUUAGCCAUCUUUCAAGUUAAUCAUCCUACAAAUACUUUAAUAAAUUGUUCUUCAUGUCUAUCAGAUUAUGAAUAAAUUAGUAGUGAUUGA